AUGGCUGCUAUUGUAGCUCGAAGUCCAGCGCUACCCUCACGCACCGCAACGCCUCCGCCGCAUCUCACGCUCAAUACCUCUACGAGAGGAACUCCCGCGCCUGUACCCAACAAACACUUACCGUUCUGCUCGCCGGGGCCCACUCCUAGGAGAGGUCUGGAGACUCCCCCAGCCUCUCCGCCAACCAAGAAUGCCAUCAUUGAAUCUUCUUCAGUACUGUAUCCUCCCGAUAACUUCACUCACAUCUUCAAGGAGCCUCCCAUAUACUCAAUCGAUGCAAAGAAAGUGGUCGAAGCUGUGGAACAGUUCUCAUCACAGCCAUUACCAGAUACCAAACAAGUGUUUCCAUGGUUGCAUGGUCUACAUGCCGAAAACCAGAUGCAACUGGCCUUCUUUGUCCAAAGGAAAAAGGCACUGAGGAGGACACCAAAAUGCAUCCGUGGAAUAACCAUUGUGAAGGCCGGUGGUGACCUGAAUCAUUCAAAGUUGAAGGGCGCAAUCGCCCCGGAAGAGCUGCUAGUCUCGCAUAACUUGUACGAUAGCCAAGCGUCAUUCAUCGAAUGCGACCCCAAGGACGGCUUUUCGGUGAGAAACUUCCAAAUACAGAUAGCUAAGAUGGCCGCGGUUUCGGAUAUCAUUGUUUACGGCGAUUCCAUCACUCCGUCUCGGCAGGUCAUAAAUCUCGCAAAGCAGAUCUCAUUGGCGCAGAUAGCCUGGCGGGAGCGACAUGUUGCUGCGGGAGCUGAACCUCAAGUGUUCAAUACGUUCGCAGUGACUGACAGCUACGACAUCUUUGAGGCGAAUUAUGGCUCAGUCGUUGCAAUAGAUUCGAAGGGCAAGACGACGGGACAGACAAUCGACUUUUUCCACCGUGAACGUUUUGAGAUGUGUGUAAUGUCAAAAGCAUCCGAGAUCAGCAAAGGAGUGUACCUUGGACCAACACCGGACCAAAUGCUAGAGUGCUCCCCUGGUGAAUCUGACUAUGAUGUUCUCAUUGAGGCAAGCGAUCUGGCCCAUGUUUCGGAAACUAGUACACUCAACGCUGCGCUAAAGUCGUCACAAGAUCAAGGCCAAUGGCCUCUUCAUCUUGACUUUCUUUCGUCCGGAAGCAUUCUUCCCCCAACUUGGUCGCACAUGGAGGUUGAUGGGCUAAUGGAGAUGUGCAAGUGGAUAUAUGAAUUUGUUCAUGAGCAAGACGAGUUUAUAAACGACUCGAAAGAUGAAGAUGGCGAUAAUAUUAUGAUGUCGCGACUCAAUCUCAAGCGCAAGGUCUUGAUUCACUGCGCAGAUGGGUACACCGAAUCGUCACUGUUGGGUCUAGCAUAUUUCAUGUAUGCCGAGGGCCUCACAGUCCAUGAGGCGUGGAUCAAGCUCCACGUUGAGAAAGGCCGGAACUUCUUUGCGUAUCCGACAGAUGUUGCGUUGCUGAAAGCCAUUCAGCCUCGAAUUCUCUCAGAAUCUCCACGAUGGAAGGGCGAAAUCACAUCCAUCCAAGACCCCAAGUGGCUAGCACGUAUCGACGGUAGUCUACCUAGUCGUAUCCUACCAUACAUGUACCUGGGUAAUCUCGGACACGCCAACAAUCCAGACAUGCUGAAAGAGCUCGGCAUCAAACGCAUUCUUAGUGUGGGAGAACCCAUUAACUGGGCGAGAGAGGAAAAUUCAUGGCCCACGGAGAACCUGUUGUACAUCGACAGAGUACAAGAUAAUGGUGUUGAUCCGUUGACGGAAGAAUUCGACAAGUGUUUGCGAUUCAUUGAACGCGGGAAGCAAGACGGGAGUGCGACACUUGUACACUGUCGCGUUGGUGUAUCCAGGUCUGCGACCAUAUGUAUCGCGGAGGUCAUGAGUGAGCUGGGCCUUUCAUUUCCUCGUGCAUACUGUUUCGUCCGUGCACGACGCUUGAAUGUUAUCAUUCAACCGCAUUUGCGAUUCACCUACGAGUUGCUCAAGUGGGAAGAGUACCAGCGCUUGAAGUGCGGUGCGCCCCUGAAGCGCGAGCUCGAAUGGGCGACUGUCUGUCGCGAAAUUGCCCUUAUGAACAAGCCGUAUUCGAGGCAGUAG